CGCCCCCACCGGGCCCGUGCCUCUCUUAUCCCUGGAGCCCCUCGACUCAGCUUGAAGUCCCAGGCCAGCCUCGGCCCUCGUCGGAGCCAUGGAGGCCCUGGGUCCUGGAGGCGACCGCGCCUCCCCAGCCUCAUCCACUCGCAGCCUGGACUUGCGGCGGCUAUCUGCGCGCGCUGACUCGGCCUACGGCUCUUUCUCCGCCGCCUCCGGCGGUCCGGAGCCGCGCACGCCUUCGCCGGGGACCCGCCCGCUCCCCUACCUGGACUGGGACUACGUGCGCGUGGUCUGGGGAGGCCCGGCCCCCGCCGCGCCCGCCGCGGGACCUCGCACCUGCCCGCAGCCCCGGCCUGCGGCGGCCGCGCACAGCGGGCCGCGUCCCCCUGAGCUCCAGGGCACCCCGGGGCCUCUCAGCCGCCACGCCACCCCGCUGCUGUACGCGCUGGCGGCCGAGGCGGAGGCCGCGGCGCGGGCCGCCGAGCCGCCCAGCCCGCCGGCCUCGCGGGCCGCCUACCGCCAGCGGCUGCAGGGUGCGCAGCGGCGAGUGCUCCGGGAGACGUCCUUCCAGCGCAAGGAACUCCGCAUGAGCCUGCCCGCCCGCCUGCGGCCCGCGGCCCCCGUGCGGCCCUCCGCCGCGCACCCGCGCUCCGCCUCGCUCAGCCACCCCGGGGGGGAAGUGGAGCCGCCGCGCCCCGGGGUUCCCGGGCCGGGAACCUCUGGCCAGGGACGCCUGGCCAACCAGCAGCGGAAGUGGUGCUUCUCCGAGCCGGGGAAGCUGGACCGCGUGGGUCAGGGAGGUGCGUCGGCCGGGGAAUGUUCGGGGGAGGCCCGCUCCAGCUCAGGCCUUGGGAGGCCGGAGCCCCAGGAAGAGCAGCCGCGGACCCCGGCGGAGUUCGAUGGUCACCAGAUCAGGUGGCUGCCUGUGACCCAGCCCCGAGACAUCGAGGACCCGAAACCCCGGUCCUUGAGGCUCGGCCAUGGCUACAGACCUGCCGAUCGGAGUCGGAGCGCUUCAGGAGAAGUCUUGGCCCCGUGGGGAAGUUCAGGAGGGGUUAUGCCCAUUCCGCAGGCUGUUCCCCAAGGAGCAGAAACCACCAGCAGACCGUUGUUUCUGACCAAACGUUCUAGGUUUCUGACUGAGAAAGAUGCUGCAGAGGUGUGUCCUGCAGAGGGCCCCCAGAGCAGCCCCUCUGACGGUGAGCAGAACGUCUCAGAGAACUGCAAGGUGUCUGUUCGGCUUCCUUCCCUUCCCGAUGAUGAGGUUUUCCUGGAAGAAGCCCCGCUGGUCAGAAUGAGAUCACCUGCAGACUCCUGCACUCCCUUGGGGCUCCCAUCCAGGGUCCAUGCCUCUGACCAGCAUUAUGGAGCUGGCUUGGGCCAAGGGGCUGACCAGGCUGUAAUUUCCACAGCGCAGCCCCUCCAGGAGCACCCAGAGACUGCAGGGGCAAAUGACUGCUGGCAGGGGGUAAACGGUUCUGAGAGUGACUCCAGGCCUCCAUGCUAUAGCCCCCCUGGGACUGCAAAUGGUGACAUCCCAACCUCUGACACUGGACUGCAGACCACUGACCCCCCCACAGCUGCAGGGUCUGACCCCCUCAAACCUCUCCCAGGGGGUGUCCUGGGACCUCGAGCCAAUGACACCCCAAGGCCUCCGGACUACACUGCCCUGGCUUGGGGCACUGGCCAGUCUGGUUCCAGGCCAGUAUGGCCCAGUCCACGCCUCGAGGAGCUGGUUCAGGAGCUGGCCAGAUUGGAUCCCUCUCUGAGUGAUACUCUCAUCUCUUGCCCCAGCCCAGAGCCAUCCCUGGGCCUGCUGGAUGGGCUGAUUCCUUUAGCUGAGAUCUGGGCUGCAAUGAGGCCAGGCUGUGAGGAGGCUGAAGAGGAGGCUGCUGCUGCUUCUGAGCCAAGGUCCUAUCUACCUAACUCCACCCAGCACCUGCAAACUUCUCAGGCAGAGACGAGGCCCGAAAACCUUACCACCCACACUGUGCCUGACCAGCCCUGUGACCAAGGUCUCCCUGAGCCAGAUAACAGCAUCCAAGCCAAGAGAGUGGAGCUGGCCAACCUCCUCCACAAGAUGCUAAGGGACCUCCAGGCAGAGCAGCAGCAGCUGCAGAGAAAGGCCCAGGCUUGGGCCAGGUGCAGGGUUGCUCUGGAGGCCGCGGUGGGCCAGGCAUGUGCCCCCCACGAGCUCGAGCGGUUCAGCCGGUUCAUGGCCGACCUAGAGCGGGUGCUUGGGCUCCUGCUGCUGCUGGGCAGUCGCCUGGCCCGCGUGCGCCGUGCCCUGGCCCGGGCGGGCGCAGACGGCGACCCUGAGGAGCAGGCCUCUCUGCUGCAGCGACUGGGGCUCCUGCAGAGGCAGCAGGAAGACGCCAAGGAGCUGAAGCAGCACGUGGCGCGGCGCGAGCGGGCCCUGCGCGAGGUGCUGGUGCGCGCGCUGCCGGCCGAGGAGCUGCGCGCCUACCGCGCCCUGCUGGCCGGCAAGGCCGCGGUCCUAGCCCAGCAGCGCAGCCUGGACGAGCGGGUCCGCCUCCUUCAGGACCAACUGGACGCUGUCAGGAAUGACCUUGGCCGUCGUCCCCCGCCUCCCAGGCCGGCCUGGCCCCCAGGCACCCGUCCUCCGGACAAACCGCCCUUCCUCCCCUCCCAUCCUCUAGUUACAGGCGGUGGGGGUGGGGAGCCCUGCCCCAGCCUCUCCCUCUCGAGGUGACCUGAAUUUAUUGUGUGCUUUUGCUUGGGGUGGCGGAGCACCCAAGCCGGACCUUCCCGGGGGUCCUUUUCCAAGUCUUCUCACGUGGCCUUACCCAAGUCUUGCGGAUUAUUUGGUAAUUAACUUAAGAAUUUUUAAAACUGAAGUAUUUCCCCCCCCCCCUCUCCUUUUGUGAUGAGGAAGAGGCUCCAUCAAGGUUGGCUGGAGGGAGGAGAGACAAGUCACGGGAGUAUUUCCACUUAAGAAGCAAAAUGGCCUUUUUUUUUUUUCAGUAAAAAAUUAAUGUGGGAAGUGUGCAAGUCAGCUGGAGCCUGGCUUUGAGCAGGGAUCUUUUUUGCUCAGUGCAGACACAGUCCUGCCGAAGGUAGGGCAGAAGAGACAUUUGUUGCAGAAUACGGCUCAGGUCUGGGGAUCUAGAAGACUGAAGAAACAAGCUUGAAAUAGG